AUGUCGCUCUGGAUCCGCCUUUUCUUCAUUGCUUUCCUUUUCACACUCUUGUCGCAAGUAUCUGCACAAACUGGUUCGUCUGCGACAUUGGACACUCCGCCAAUCACGAGCAGCGCAACUGCCAGUGCGACUGCCACUGGAACCAGGACUCCAACGACUUCGGCACCAAAUGUCUCCAAAACCUCAACUGCACCGGACGUUCUUCUGCAGGUGCCCGAGCUGCACGUUGGCCGGAUCGAACUUGUCGUUGAAAAGUUACAAGCAGACCUGAACCUGAACGCCAAAGUUGCUGGCCUUGUUCAGAUCAAUGCCGGAGUUGCAGUUUCGGUCGAGAAGGUCAACAUCACCAUUGCCGACGUCGAUGUGAACCUUGAACUUAUAGUAAGACUGGGAAACUUGGUCAACAUUGUCGAACGUGUGUUCGAUUCCUUGGACCUAAACCCGCUGUUGCUCAGCUUGGUUGGUAACGUCACAAACUUGGUGGGAGAGGUCAUUGGCGCAGUGGACGGUUUGCUCGGUUCCAUCACUCAAGGCGGCAAAACCCUUAACUUCCUAGUCGACAACUUGGGUAAUAUCGUCCAAGAGGUUGUUGGAGGCGGCGGUGAUGCUCUCUCGCAAAUUGUUGGUAACUACAAAUUGAACAUGACGGAAGUCACAGGAACCGUGAAGCAAGUGGGUCAGGGCCUUACACAAAAGACCUUUUCGUACGAGCCCCUGAACGCGCUCAUCGACAUCGUGACAAACACAGCUGGUGAAUCAAAGGAUCUCCCUUUCUGAUAUUCAGUAGUCAUUAACGCAACGCACAGGACAAGUUGUACAGGCUACAGUCCAGAAGCCUUCUUCUAGCGGAGGUGCAACAUCCACACCAUCUGCGACAGCUACACCUGUAACACUGCCUAUCAGCUCAUCUACUGGAGCUGUCUAG